GUUUCGGUCACCGCGAAGUGUGCGGAUCCUGAUGGCUGCAAGCUCUGCAGAUUCUCAGCCUCGUGGGAGUGCCGAAUUUGUGGAAAGCUCUGUUCUUGAGGCAGUAGUGCCGUCCGACUCCUUUAUCGACCUUGAGGAUGAACUCCAGUCAUGGGACGGCAGUAUCGAGGAUGAAACGAAAUCAAUGCUACCAUUUCUGGCACAGAGACAAGUUCUGCUCUUCGAUGAACUUGUGCCUGUCUACGUUGUCUUGCGGACACCGUUGAUAGACGAAAGUACUCUGAAAGCGUAUCUUGCUAGGCUGGCUAUCAACGUGGAAGCAUUUGCCUUUGGCACGGCUCCUAGUCCUGAGCUAGAAGCAAAACCCCCGCCGCCAAAAGAAUUGAUAUUCUCAGAGACCAUUCAAACAUCAAAUGAACCAUCAAUCGUCCGCCUUGAGGGUGAAGCUGGCCCUCAUGUGUAUGUGGUUUGGAAAUUCGAGGUGUUCAUUUCUCGACCCCGAGGAAGAUUUCACAAACCAGCCAUCUACUUCCAACCGACAGCAUCUUUAAAGCCUACUGAAAAAAUACAAAAAAACGUUCUGGAUGAUGAAUAUCUCCCCAGUAAGGUUCCAACGGCGCUUAACCUCCUCCAAUCGUUUGAGAACGAUCCGGCUCUGACUGGCAUUCAUCCUCGACUUUCUGCACUCCGAAUCAGCAAAAUUGUGCCGACAGCUCCUGUUGCCAAAGAACUAGUGCGCCCAAUCAGGAACGGCCAAAGACGUCUGUUUCGAGCUUUACCUGCCUUGGUAUGGCGGGUGCGGUACUCGAAAGUGCACUCGACCUUGAGUGAUCUAUCCUUGAUAGCAUCGCUGGAUCUUGAAGUUGCCCAUAUCACCGGGUGUAGUGUCUGCAUUAACGAGGUCAGUCUAACCCUCCGCGGCGGCCAAGUCAGGACGAUCGCCAAGCACCCUGGGCCUGCGAUGGUUUACAAGCCAGGAGACCAAGUCACUUCUCUCUACAAACUCGCUCCAGAUUUAGCAGCCGAUGGAAUGCCGAUUUUCGGCAGUGACGGACAUGUGCUAGAUCUUAAAAUGACAGCAAAAGUGCUAGUUUCGGAAGAAUGUCGACCCAAUUUAUCUAUUACCUGGAGGACAGGAGUAGACUUCACCGUCGAGCAGAAUAACAAUCUCGUCAAAGCUGCUCACAGGCUCAGCAAUCCGCUUGCGCAACCACCUAAAGCCCCGGAUCCAGACUCCCUCCCAACGCCGGAUGAACAAAGCCAGCAAGACGACGAUGCAUACAGUAAAGUUAUCAAUGUCACCAUGACCGUGACUGGACCACCACGAGUCCAAGUUGGAGAUAUGUUUCACUGGGAUGUCUUUAUCGUGAACCGCUCCGAUAAGACGAGGAAAUUGGCUGUCCUAGUCAUUCCUAAGCGGAAGGGAGAUGCAUUGAGGCACAAGUCGAAUCCUUCGACUUCAUCUCUCGGUGCACAGCGCACCGAUAAGAAAGAGCUGCUCGCGGGUGCUGUGGUGGACGAGAACAUCGUCUAUGCAAAACAGAAGAAUGCAAGGAUUGAACCGGCGGAGCUAAUUUGCUUGACUACUGAUGUUCGGAUAGGGCACCUUGCUCCCGGGGCCUGUUAUACAGCGGACAUCAAAUUCCUGGCACUUUCAUCAGGGGUUUUGAAUGUAGACGCCGUUCGUAUAGUUGAUCUAGCAACCCAAGAGGCUGCAGACAUACGGGACUUGCCGAGCGUAGUAGCAGUCGAGAAAGAAGGAUGAGGGAAAUCGAUUUGAUCGCCUUCCGUUUGUACAGGGUCAACAUGUCUUGGAUGAGGGAACGUUGGCAAUCUAAAAGGAGUCCUAGUAUUGACAGGGACAUCCUGUUGGAAUUGAGGAGAGGUGUCGACAAGAUGCACGCUUCAGUCCUAAGUUAUCCCAGUUACGUUGUAUGUUUGGUGAGAAGGCGCAGUAGAUAGUUGGGAGUCAGUUCAGUAUAGUAUCAGAUGCAGCUGGGUCCAGAAUGAGGGGUGCAUGCAGCACGGAGAGCCACACAAG